AUGAGCGUCGGGAGAACCGACGCUGAUAAGUCGCAAGGUGGAGGUGAGUGGAUGUUGUUGUCAUACAGGUUGCUAUUCGUCAAAUGGGCUAUUCGUACGUGCGAAGCAGAGCUGAAGGUUGAGAAGAAGAGUGGUCGUCGUGCUCACGAUGAUUUGGGAUGUCGUAUUUUGUUUACUCAACAGUUUCAAACAUGCGUUGUGAACAGGAGGAUCUACUAG